ACGACCAUCAAACCUAAAAACAUACCCCCAGCCUUCCCUUUCCUUCUUCUCUCUUUCCCCUUCUUCCCUUCAACUCCCCCCUUUCGUCGAACCCUUCAAAACUCCAAUUUCCGAUCUAAGAGAACCCUAAUUCCUCCAUCGAUCUCGCUCCGAUCUCGAUCCUCCUAUCUCGUAGUGUUCUGAUUUCUUCUCGCGGUCCGAGAACAAAGAUUGCUUGAUUUCUAAGGUAUUUUUCGAUCUUUUUUGGGUUUUCUCCCGAUCGGUUGGGGAAUUGAGCGCAUGCGAUUGGGUUGGGAGGAGGAGAGGGGGAGGAGAUGUAUAGCAAUUUCAAGGAACAGGCGAUUGAGUACGUGAAACAGGCGGUCCAGGAGGACAAUGCCGGGAACUACGUGAAGGCGUUCCCCCUCUACAUGAACGCCCUCGAAUACUUCCGAACGCACCUCAAGUACGAGAAGAACCCCAAGAUCAAGGAGGCCAUCACCCAGAAGUUCACCGAGUAUCUCCGCCGCGCCGAGGAGAUCCGGGCCGUGCUUGACGAGGGCGGCCCCGGACCGACCGCCAACGGGGACGCUGCCGUGGCCACCAGGCCCAAAACCAAGUCCAAGGACGGGAACAGCGGCGGCGAUGGAGAGGAUCCUGAGCAGGCGAAGCUGAGGGCGGGGCUUAGUUCGGCAAUCAUUACGGAGAAGCCCAACGUGAAGUGGAACGACGUCGCCGGCCUCGAGAGUGCCAAGCAGGCCUUGCAGGAGGCCGUUAUCUUGCCGGUGAAAUUCCCUCAGUUCUUUACUGGAAAGCGAAGGCCAUGGAGGGCAUUUCUUUUGUAUGGCCCACCAGGAACUGGAAAGUCAUACUUGGCCAAGGCUGUUGCAACAGAGGCAGAGUCAACUUUCUUCAGUAUAUCUUCAUCAGAUCUAGUUUCAAAGUGGAUGGGUGAAAGUGAAAAGCUAGUCUCAAACCUUUUCCAAAUGGCUCGUGAAAAUGCUCCUUCCAUUAUCUUUAUAGAUGAAAUUGAUUCCUUAUGUGGACAGCGUGGAGAAGGCAAUGAAAGUGAAGCUUCUCGAAGGAUUAAGACUGAACUUCUGGUGCAGAUGCAGGGUGUAGGAAACAAUGACCAGAAAGUUCUUGUUCUUGCUGCCACGAAUACACCAUAUGCUCUGGAUCAGGCCGUGAGGAGGCGUUUUGACAAGCGAAUUUACAUUCCUCUUCCUGACCUGAAAGCUAGGCAACAUAUGUUCAAGGUACAUUUAGGAGAUACACCUCACAACUUGACCGAAAGUGAUUUUGAGAGCUUGGCUCGCAGAACGGAAGGGUUUUCUGGUUCGGAUAUUUCUGUUUGUGUUAAGGAUGUACUCUUUGAACCCGUCCGCAAAACUCAAGAUGCCAUGUUUUUCAUCAAGACCUCCGAUGGUAUGUGGAUGCCAUGUGGACCAAAACAACCUGGAGCUGUUCAAACCACGAUGCAGGAUCUUGCUGCAAAAGGUCUUGCUGCUAAGAUUCUUCCACCACCUAUUACAAGGACAGACUUCGAUAAAGUACUCGCCAGGCAGAGACCUACUGUCAGCAAAGCGGACCUUGAAGUACACGAGAGAUUCACGAAGGAGUUUGGAGAAGAGGGUUAAUGGUUGGAUCGACUCGGUGUGGGCAUUGCCACUGUAUAUUGUGUUUCUGCUAGUCUGAGUGGAAAUUAUAUCUGGUUACAUAAAAUCUCUCAUGGGGUGGAGCGCGCUAGAUUCCCAAUCUUUGAUGGCUCCCCCUUGUUGAGAUUUGACUAUUUAUAUGCUUGAUUUCGCUCCACCAUUGUCUGAUCGCUUCCACUGUUAAUGGAACUAAUAUAAUGAAUAUGAUUAAAUUCGCUCUA